CCAACUUCCAUACACAUCCUUAAGGUAUACGAAUCGUACCACUUCUUUCCUUUUGCUUCUUCUCCAAGAGAUCUCUGYAUAAAAUCUUCCAUCUUCAAUCCAUCGGAUUCUUCAAUUUCACCGGAAUCGGAAAGAUGUUGAUCAGAAUCCGAAGCAGAGAUGGAUUAGAGCGUCUUCAGAUCGAUAAUCCAAACAUUACAAUCGCUCAGCUCAAAACCCUAAUCGAAUCGCAACUCAGAGUCCCAUUACACAACCAAACCCUGUCCACAAACCAGUCCUUACUCAUUGCCAAAACCCAUCCGGAAAUCUCCCGAUUCACCGACAUGUCUAACCCUCAAACUCCGAUUUCUGCACUCGGUAUUGCACAUGGUUCGAUCAUCUACCUUGCUUACGAGGGUGAACGAACCGUUGCCGGACCUCAAAUCCGUCCUGCUGGAUCGUUUGGACGGAAGAUGACGAUGGAUGACCUUAUCGCUAAACAAAUGAGGAUUACUCGUCAGGAAAACCCUCACUGUGAGUUGGUAUCCUUUGAUCGCGAUGCCGCUAAUGGAUUUCAACAUUACGUGAAUGAAACCCUAGCGUUCGCCGUGAAACGAGGGGGUUUUAUGUACGGAACGGUGUCGGAAGAGGGGAAAGUGGAGGUGGAUUUCAUAUACGAACCGCCACAACAGGGAACGGAGGAGAGUUUGAUUCUGUUAAGAGAUCCMGAUGAGGAGAAAUUGGUGGAAGCCAUAGCUUUGGGAUUAGGGAUGAGAAAAGUAGGGUUUAUUUUCACUCAAACGAUUGGACAGACGAAGAAGGAAUACACGUUAUCAAACCGAGAGAUUCUGCAGGCGGUGGAGUUGCAGGCAGAGAGUGAUUUGAAGGAAUGGGUGACUGUAAUGGUGAAAUUGGAGGUUAAUGAAGAUGGCGGUGCAGAUGUUCAUUUUGAAGCUUUUCAGAUGAGUGAUUUGUGUGUUAAGUUGUUUAAAGAUGGGUGGUUUGAGACGGAGAUCGCCGGAGAUGCUGAUCCAAAGCUGUCGAAAAUGAAGAAGGAGGUGGUGGUUGGAGGAAAAGAUACAAAAGAAGUGGACAACGAUUUCUUUUUGGUGGUUGUCAAGAUUUUUGAUCAUCAGGGUCCRUUAUCAUCAACGUUUCCAGUUGAGAAUCGGAAUACAAUGGUGACAAUGAGAAACUUGAAGAACCAUUUGGAUCGUACAAAAAAUUUCCCGUUUGUGAAGCGAAUAUCCGACUUCCAUCUACUUCUUUUGCUAGCCAGGUAUCUUGAUGUGAACUCCGACGUGCCAGCUUUGGCAGGUUGUGUCCAUGCUCAAGCAACCAUUCCCGAAGGUUAUCAGAUCCUAAUCGACUCCAUGGCUGCAUCCGCUUGACCCCAUUUGACACUUUGUGCAGUAUCAUUGAUCGUCUCUUGAACCAAUUGGCUUUGAUUUUGCAACAUUUCGAUGGUUUGGUGAAAGAGGUUCGUGAAUGUCGUCUGGGUCGGUCAGGUUUACCCAUACGCGUUUUUAUGCACAUUCUUUUCUAUAUGUAUUUAUACUCUGGUUCUUACCUGUGGUCGUGAAUGAUAUUCCGCUCAGCAAUAGAUGUUUUCGUAUUUAAAUUCAAAA